CAUCACUUUGGAGCUGAAGAAGCCGAGGGAGAGGUUCUCUGCCUCUCCGUCAUCCUCAACCUCGCCGCCGGUCGUAGUGACGACGACCUUCGCCAUCUCCGUUUGAGUCAAGGUCACCUCCAUCUCUUUCGCGUUCCCAUCUCUCCACACAAUGCCGAGCAUUUCCUCUUUUGACCUAAACCCCUCUCGUGCAGUGCAUCGCCGGGAACGCAAGCCACGUCGACAACGCCCUGGAGCACGCACCGGAGCGCCGCCGCUUCAACCAUCAUCGUCGUCCGGCCAUUCUCAUUCACCUCAGAGAAAGCUGCUGCGCCAUUGUCAUUGCCUCAACCUCCUCUUCAAAACGCCUCAAGAACCCCAGCCGGAAACAUCAAGAACACGGAGAACACAUCCUUUUCUUCACCGGCGCCAAUCUAGGAUCGCCUCCGCCGUCAUCGUCGAUUACCGCUGCCUCGGUGAGCCAUUGUUCGAUUCCUUGCGCAUACACCAUCUCCUUGACCUCACAACCCUCGUGCAUGCUUGCUUGAAGCAGCUCAUUGUCCCGUUCGAGCCGUCGUCGUUCACCCGAGGAGGAGCGCCGUCGCCGAGCCGUUCCACAAGUCACCGCUGCCGCCAAGACCUCGACAACCCUAGCUCGACCCACGAUAAUUGCGUAAUCGGUGAAGAAGUGGAUUAGGUGCUAACAAUUCUCUGAUCAAGGAAAGUUUUCUCCUCCCAUCCUUUGAACACAUUGAAUCCCAUGAUUUGAGGAAUGAAAAUAUUUGUUUACAAA